GUGUUAUUUCAAAAUGGCGUCCGAGAGGAAAUUCUUUGUUGGAGGAAACUGGAAAAUGAACGGAAACAAGAACAGUAUUGAAGAUAUCAUUGGAUACUUGAAAACUGGACCACUCUCACCAAAUACUGAGGUGGUUGUGGCUCCUCCUAGUGUAUACUUGCAGUUUGUUAAAGACCGUGUUCCUGCUGGUGUGGGCGUGGCUGGACAGAAUUGUUAUAAAUGUGAGAAAGGAGCUUUUACUGGAGAAAUAAGUCCCCAGAUGUUGACUGAUGUUGGUAUUCAUUGGGUGAUACUGGGACACUCUGAGAGGAGGAACGUCUUUGGAGAAACUGAUGAAUUGAUAUCAACUAAGGUUGGUUAUGCUUUGUCCUCUGGUCUCAGUGUCAUCGCUUGUAUCGGAGAGAAACUGGAGGAGAGAGAGUCAGGACAAACUGAAUCAGUCGUAUCUCAACAACUGAGAGCAAUAGCAAGUAAUGAUAAUGAUAGUAAGACAGCAACUCCAGAGCAAGCCCAAGAGGUUCAUAAGUUCCUAAGACAAUGGCUCCAUGAUAAUGUAUCAGGAUCAGUAGCAACCAGCACCAGGAUUAUAUAUGGAGGUUCUGUCAAUGGUGGUAAUUGUGCUACACUAGCUCUCCAGGCUGAUGUUGAUGGGUUUCUGGUGGGAGGAGCUUCCCUGAAGCCAGAGUUUGUUCAAAUCAUCAACUCCAAACAGUAACACACUCACCUCCUCCUCCACCUGCUGCUCUUUACUGCUGCUACUGUAGUAUAUACAUGUGUAUAGCUAUGACUGGAUUGUAAUGUGUUGUAAUGAUGUAUGAAAUGUGUAGUUUUUAGCUUAUUAUUAAUAAA